AUGGCGGGGAUUUCGCUGCAGACGCUGCCGCUGGAGAUCCGCCUACAAAUAUGGUCCUACCUCGUACAGCCCACCAAGAUAUACCCAUGUGAAUGCGCUCUCAAAGCCCAGCAGUGCCAGGCUCACCGUCUGGGAGGUUGCUGCGACAACAACUCGACCUACAAACACUGCGACACCCGUGUGCUGCGCGUCAGCCGACAGAUCUUUGAGGAAGUCCAGCCACUGGUCCAGCGAGCGGCGAAAGAGCGCACAUUCAUGCUCUGCAACAAUCUUUGCUUGGACAAUUUCUUCAAGGCGCUCGACGAAAGAGACUGGAAAUGGGUCAAGCACCUCCGGGUGGAUCUGUUCGUGGGCUGGGGCAGCGACAACCAGGACGACUGGUUUCUCGGCCAGAUGCAUCGAUGGGCUCGACGAUACGUGGCGGGCUCGUUGAGCAAGUACAACCAGGGGCGGGAAUUGACAAUCCAGCCUGCCGACGAGGCCAAGGAGGACAAGGAAGGCAGGCGUUCCCUCACUGUCGACAUCUACCUGGCUUGA